UGACAGCUGAGAGUUGUGCAUUUUUCUUCAUUGUUUGUUUUCGCACUUCUUCAGUUGUUUGUGUACAAAUUUUGUGCAGAUUUUACAUACAUUUAAAAAUGUCUGAUGAGGAGAUUAUUAAACGCCGCUUGUUAAUUGAUGGAGAUGGCACCGGCGACGACCGCCGACUUAACAUGUUGCUUAAACAGUUCCUGAAAUGGACUUUUUCCAAAAAUGAUUCACCGGAAAACAACCAAAUAAUCUACGAUCGGCUGCUGGCCCAAAUGGCGCAAUGUGAAUUUGCUGCCGCCAAAACAGAUUACACAUCCAAGAUGAUAACAGAAGAAUUGAAAAACUAUGCGAAACUCUCAGAUUCGAUUGAAAAAAGCAUUGAACUGGCUAAACACGAAAUAGAAGAAAGUAAACGUGAACUCGUACUUGCCAAGCAGAUACGCAAAAACAAAAUGGAGUACGAUAUGUUGGCUAAGGUUAUUAAGGAACAACCUGACCGGAAAGAUACCACAAAGCAGAUAGAUGCGCUCAAAAAAGAUCUUGCCGAGUUGAUGGAAAAGAAAAUUAAGUUGGAACGUAAAUUUCAGAAACGCCGCAAUGACUUUACAUUACUCAUGUAUUCUAUACGUGAGUUGCAGGCUCAAUUGGAAGAGGAAAGCAGUAGCGAGAGUAGUGACGAUGAAGAUUUAAAUGGUUUGGAUACCAUGGAACUGAGUGAUGAUGAUGGAAUUCCUCUGCAUGCAGAGAAAAACGGCAUAAAGUUAGAAGCGGGGAAAAUACUCAAAGAGGAGUCGCAAACAGAUGAAAAUGGUUCCAAGGGAAAUAUGUCUGUAGACGAGGAUGCGAUACUUGAAUUGAGUAUUGAUAAAGACGAAAGUGACGUAAAAAUGGAAGAGACGGUCACACUUCCCUAGCAUUUAGGCUACCUUAUAAUAGAUUCGGAUUAAGAUCCCUUGCAUUUUUCGUUGAUUAAUAUAAAAAUCUUACUCUAAAUUUGCAAACACUUUUGAAUAAAGCU